GUUUCCCAUUUAAACAAACAGAGUGCCGAAGAUGGCGGAGGUUUAGCGGAGGCUUAAAAACUGCUGCACUUAUUGAAAGAGAUUGGGACGGUUGGAGCCCUGUGUUGGAUGCAGACCUACACCCUAUAGACUACACCCAGCUUCUGCUUCUUCAAGGAGAGGUUUCGAGGAAGGACUACAAUCCAGACACAUUUAGGAUGUGAAGCUCACAGAAGUUCAUGUCACCAUUCUUCACAACUGCAGAGGUGCUGAUAUGCGUUGAAGAUGAGCGGCGUGGGAGAGAAUGCUUUGGAGCCUCUGUGCUCAGACCGGAAACGCAAGCUUUCCACAUGUGACACACCAGGACUCGGGUGUGACAAGAGGAGGAGAGAGCAGGAGAGCAAGUACAUCGAGGAGCUGGCCGAGCUCAUCUCCGCCAACCUGAGCGACAUCGACAGCUUCAACGUGAAGCCUGACAAAUGUGCCAUCCUCAAGGAGACCGUACGCCAGAUCCGCCUCAUCAAGGAGCAGGGGAAGAGCUCGUGUGGAGAUGACGAUGUUCAGAAGGCGGACGUGUCGUCCACGGGACAGGGCGUCAUCGACAAGGACCAUCUGGGGCCUCUGCUGCUACAGGCCCUGGACGGCUUCCUGUUUGUGGUGAAUCGCGAGGGCAGCAUAGUGUUUGUGUCGGACAACGUGACGCAGUACCUGCAGUACAAGCAGGAGGAGUUGAUCAACACCAGCGUCUACCACAUACUGCACGAGGAUGACCGCCAGGAGAUGCACAAGAACCUGCCCAAGGCCAACGGUCCGAGUGGUCCGUCGUGGGGCCCAGGGGACGCGUCGCGGCAGAAGAGCCACACGUUCAACUGCCGCAUGCUGGUGAAGUUUGGCCAGGAGGAGGGGCCGGGGGGCCAGGGGGGCCAGCGCUACGAGACCAUGCAGUGCUUCGCCCUCACCCAGCCCAGGGCCAUGAUGGAGGAGGGGGAAGACCUGCAGUCGUGUAUGAUCUGUGUGGCCCGCCGUGUCACCGCCGUGGAGUGGACCGAGCGCUUCAGCACGCGUCAUGAGCUGUCAGGAAAGCUAAUCGAGAUCGUGGACCAGGCGUCGCUGCACACCACCAUGCGGCCGGGCUGGGAGGACCUGGUGCGCCGCUGCAUGCAGAUGUUCCUCAACCGCAGCGAGGGUCAGCCCUGGUCCUUCAAGAGGCACUACCAGGAAGCCUUCCACCAUGGCAGGUCGGAGACUCCCCCGUACCACUUCUCCCUCUCAGACGGCACGCCGGUCACGGCCCAGACCCGGAGUGAGCUGUGCCGUAACCAUGGCACCAGCGAGCAGCCCACCUUCCUCUCCACACACCUGCUGCAGAGGGAGCAGAACGGCUACCGGCCCAACCAGGGAGGGGUGAUGCGGCCACAGGGCAUGGGCAACCCCCACCCCCACCCUCACGGCCACCCGCACCAACACCCCCACCAGCACCCGCAUCCGCACCAACACCAACACCCCAACGCCCAACAGAUGAACAUGAUGGCCAACGGCUCCAUGGGUAUGGGUCCCCACCACCGGGGCUACGGCAUGAGCGAGCCCAGACACAUGGGGCCCAGAGGCCCCGGCGGAGGCGGCGGCGGUGGCGGGCCCAUGUACGCCAACCGCAUGGCUCAAAUGAACCAGAUGAACUCGAUGGGUCAAAUGAACCAGAUGGGUCAAAUGGGCUCUCAAAUGAAUCAAAUGAACCACCCCAUGAGUCAGAUGAACCAGAUGGGCGGGGGACCCAUGAGCUCCUCGGGCGGCCAGAUGGGGCACCACCACCAGAUGAACCACCCGGGCAUGCAGCCGCCGUUCCACGGAGGAGGAGGAGCUGGCGGAGGAGGAGGUGCAGGUGGCGGCUAUGGCAUGGGCAUGACCAGCCCGCUGCACGGCAGCCCUGGCAUGAACACGCCGCAGCCCAACAUCAUGGGCUCACCGCGGGUCAGGGGAAGCCCCAAGACGGGCGCCAGUCCCUUCUCGCCUGGAGGCCUGCACUCCCCUAUGGGCUCCAUGGGUGGUGGCGGUGGCUCUGGCUCCGGUGGAGGAGGCAGCUUCUCCAGCAGCUCCCUCAAUGCCCUGCAGGCCAUCAGCGAGUGUGUGGGCUCCUCCCUGCCCUCCUCGCUCUCCUCCCCGGCCCUCAAGCCCGACUCCUCGCCCAGCCUGGGUCCCGGCGGCCAGCACGGCCCACACGGUCCCCACGGUCCUCACAGCCAUGGCCCGCCCCACCCGCACCAGAACCCCAAUCAGAACGGGCCCUGCAAGCCUCAGCCGCCGGGCGGGCCCCAUUCGCAUUCAGACUCCAAGAGUCCAGCGGCUGCUGGUGCUGGUGGAGGUUCGCAUUCGCCACCAGAGGGCGCUGUGAAGAGCGAAGGCCACCAGUCUUGUAAAGAGAGCGGCGGCGGCGGCGGUCCUGGAGGGUCGGAGCCCAACCGCGGCCGAGUCCCCGACAAGGCCAACCACAAGAAGCUCCUGCAGCUGCUCACCUCCCCCACCGACGACCUGAGUGUGGGUGGAGGCCCAGGAGGAGGAGGUGGAGGAGGAGGAGUAGGCCAGUCCGGCCGCGCCACCACGCCCAUGGGGCUGGACGGGAAGGAGCCCACGGGCAUGACCAGCCCCACCUCCACGGGAGUCUCGUCCUCCUCCUCAGCAGGUCCUCCCGGCUCCAUGCAGUGCCCUCACCAGGGCUCGGGCGGCGUGUCCUCCACGGGGGGUCCGGGCGGCCACCACGGCACGCCCCACUCCCUGCAGGAGAAGCACCGCAUCCUCCACAAGCUGCUGCAGAACGGCAACACCCCGGACGACGUGGCCCGCAUCACGGCCGAGGCCACGGGGAAAGUGCCCCUGAGCCAGGAGGCGGCGGCUGCAGCGGCGGCGGCAGCAGCAGAAGCUGGAAGAGGAGGAGGAGGAGGAGCGGAGGUGAAGCAGGAACAGGACAGCCCCAAGAAGGAGAAGACCCACGCGCUCCUCCACUACCUGCUCAAUAACGAUGACUCCAAAGACCCGGGGGCAGGGGGGCGUGGAGGGGAUAGUAAGCCUAAGCCGGAGGAGCUGGAGGGGGCUAUGGGGGGAUCGGGGCCCGGCUCCGGUAUCUCCUCAACCAACACGGGCGGACUCGAGGGCAAGGUCAAGAUGGAACCUUCAGAUGAGCUGGACAGUCUGGAGUCGACGCUGGGCGGCUUCCGUGGAGCCGGAGGGAUGUUCAGGGACGGGCCAGAGGGAAUCAACAAGCAGGGCAACGGACCUAACAACAGUGCCCAUGGUAACCAGACUAAAUACAGGGACGGUGUGUGUGGGGGCCCGGCCCAGCGGACGCCCUUCCAGAGGGCCGUGUCUGUGGACAGCAAGCCUCCCGUCGGCAUGGGGGGAACCGGUCGCAGGAGCGCCCCUUGUCCUGGCCUGGUCAAGCAGGAGAGUGCAGACAGCGCACUGAGCAGCAUGGGUGGCAUGAGCAGGGGCAUGGGCAUGCCUGGGCAGCAGGGUGGUAUGAUGGGCGCCAGCGACUGGGGCAUGACCAGGUCGAGCGCCAGUCCAGUAGGCCCCCCUAACAUGGGCCCCGGCCCCAAAGGCAUGAUGGGAGGCCCCAUGGUGAACCGCUCCAACAGCAUGCCGGCCACGCGCUCCAUCCUGCAGCAGCAGCUCAUGGAUAUGGGUCCUAAUGACGUCCACAUAGGCAUGAAUGCGUUCAGAGGACAGGGCCCUCACUCCCAGUCAUCCUCCUGGCCUGACAGAGGCAUGAUGGACGGACCUCCGGGCGGCGGCAACAGUGGGUCAUCACGUCUGGUCGUCCGCAGGCCCCAGUUUGGUAAUCCCCUAGAUGAGUUGCUGGUGCCGCCCUCCACCAGCGAGGGCCAGAGUGACGAGCGGGCUCUACUGGACCAGCUGGACUCCCUCCUCAACAACACAGACGUCAUCGCCCUGGAGGAGAUCGACCGAGCACUGGGCAUCCCAGACCUGGUCGGCCAGGGUCCCGGCCACAAUCCCCAGCAGCAGCAGCAGCCCCAUCCCUCCGAGCCCUUCUCCGGCCCCGAGCCCCCCAUGGGCAUGGAGGCCAAGCCCAUGUACAGCCAGGGCUACCCGGGCCCCCCCGCCGGCAUGGGGGGCAUGCAGGGUGGCUACGGGCCUGGUGGUGGCGGACCGGGAGGACCCAUGCCAGGCCAGGCGGGCGCAGGCUUUAAUCCCAUGAUGAGCCAGAUGGGGCAGCAGCCGGGCGGCUUCCCUGGCAUGGGGCCCAUGGGCGGCAUGGCAGGGCACCCGCGCGCCAACAUGAUGCCACACCCGCGCAUGAUGAGCGCCACCAAGCCGCUACGCAUGCAGCUGCAGCAGAGACUACAGGGACAACAGUUCAUGAACCAGAGUCGGCAGGCCAUGGCCAUGAAGAUGGAGGGGGGCCCAGGUGCCAAUCCAGCCAUGAGGCCCGGCAUGCAGCCAGGCAUGGGAGGACAGCCUGGCUUCCUGAACGCCCAGAUGAUGGCGCAGCGUAACCGGGAGAUGGUCACCAUGCAGAUGAGGAGGCAGAGGAUGAUGAUGCUUAUCCAGCAGCAGCAACAGCAGCAGCAGCAGCAGCAGCAGCAGCAACAGCAGCAAGGGGGUCCAGCAGCAGGCUUUAGCCCCCCGCCCAACGUCACCGCCCCCGGAGGCAUGGACAACCCCAUGGCCGGGCCCCCCAUGGCCCAGCCGGGCCAGCAGCCUUUCCCUUACGGAGGAAACUACGGCAUGAGCCAGCAGGGCGAUCCCUCAUUUGUGGGUACCAGCGGCAGCCCCACGAGCAGCAUGAUGUCCGCACGCAUGGGAGGACCCCAGAACCCCAUGAUGCAGCAGCACCCGCAAGGCGGCCCCAUGUACCAGUCUGCUGACAUGAAGGGCUGGGGACAGGGAGGCAUGCCCAUGAACAGCUCCUACGCCCAGCAGCAGCAGUUUCAGCAGGGGGAUGGCGGGGUCCAGUACGGGGGCAUGAUGAUGAACGGGGCCAUGCAGGGCCAGCCCAACGGGGCCGGGGGCCCGCCCCAGAUGGCACAGAUGCAGGGCCAGAUGGGCCAGAUGCCUCCUGGCGCCCAGAUGGGCAUGAACACCAUGGGCAUGGGCCGCAUGCCGAUGGGGCCCGAUCAGAAAUACUGCUGAAGUCAUAACGGCCAGAAAGAGGGGCAGUUCCACCUCUGGAACCUUCCUACUACGCCAGGCCUGGGGAUAGUUCACAGCAGUGCCCAUCCCAACUCUCUCCUCAAGGGGGCGCUGUUGCCCCAGCGCCUGAACUCCUCUGGCUCUGCCUAAUGAUGACCAGUGUUUGCAAGGGACGCCUCGGCAAUCCUUUUUUUCUCUCUUCACAGUUCUAUGUGAGAACCAAGUACCAUGAACUUUUACCACACACACUCUUGUGCGCACACACCUGCGUGUUUGUGCGUGUGUGUGUGUCUGGAGUGUGCAUGCGCGUGUCUUUUUUGCUUGACUCGUGGGAAGGAACCCCACAAAACCGAAAACUGCUGGAGUGAACUUGCUCCUCAAGAGCUCACACAUUGGCAUGCAGUAUUCAAAGCAAACUAAACUGACGGGCAGGGUGGUGGAUCUUUUUUUUUCUCUCUCUCUCUCUCUCGCUCUGGAUGGGUCCUUUGGGUCUUCUUUUUGGUCAUGGUACAACUGGCUGUGGUCGCACUUUAUUGGACAUUUUUUACCCGCAAGGCUGGUCUGUAAAAGAAUUGUUGCAAUAUUUCUUAGUCCUCUUCUUUUUUUGGUUCCUAGCCUUACAACGAGGAUUCUGUGUGUAGCACCAGGUUUUUAAAAGAACAUUCAGCUCUCAAGCUCCUGUCUCCCUCCAACCCCCCCCCCCCCCCCCCUCUCUCUCUUUUUAACGCUGCCCUCGCUUUCUCUCACUCAAUCACUCACUCACUGUCUCGUUGAGCCUCGCUCUGAAAAUAAAACAUUGAGGACUUUUAUAAAGCACAGGUGAUUUCAAUAUUAUGCAGACGCAAGCAAUAAACAAAAAUCCUGUCUCUGAGCUAUAGACUGAAAAACUGUAAGCAACGCUAAAGCAUCAUGAACUCACGGCGGAAAGGUACUGCAGUAUUAAGACAGCCGACAUUUGUUCGUUAUCUCUAUUUCCUCUCUAAGAAUUGUAAAUAUGCUUCAGUGCUACAGAUGUGUAUCAUACAACAAUGCUAUUGUUUAACCUAUAUUUUCCAGAUUUCUUUUUUGUUUUUCCAGUUUUGUUUUGCACAGAUAAUAAGGUUUUGUCAGAAACCUCUCCCAUCUUCCGCUAUUCAUUUUAGGUCAAUGUUUUUUUUUUUGUUCGUUUAUUUUCUUUUUGACUGGUUUAUUUCCAUUCUUAUUUGGGAAAGAAUGGGAAAGUUUCAGAUGCUGUAUUUUGAUCCCAAUUUACCCUCAUUGUCAAUGUGGCCACAGCCAUGUCUUCUUAUUUCUCUGUUGCUUUUAGGAAAGGCACUUUUCUUUUCAUGUGCAUCAGUCUAAUGUGUUCUCUCCUCUGAAGAUGAUAUUGGGCUACAUGAUGAGCUAACACACAGGUUUAGCUUUUCCAGAUGUGGGGACUUUACAAAGCAAUGUAAUAGAAUCCAGUAUCCCACUCUCUAUAAGAAAGUGUGUGUGUGUGUGUGUGUGUGUGUGUGUGUGUGUGUGUGUGUGUGUGUGUGUGUGUGUGUGUGUGUGUGUGUGUGUGUGUGUGUGUGUGUGUGUGUGUGUGUGUGUGUGUGUGUGUGUGUGUGUGUGUGUGUGUGUGUGGCUAUACAGUUCAGUAGGUUUGUUGACCCACGGGGUCAGCAGUACCAAGGAAGGCUGUGAGUUUUGUUUAGUCAGUGUGGCUGUGUCUCCAGCUGGUGGUCCUACUCAUCUUGGCAUCCUGAUCUGGGUCACAACCAGGGGCAGAGCUAUAGAGGGGGCAAGCGGGGCAUUUGCCCCUGGGCCCAGGGCCCUCCCGUGGUGGUGGUGGCGGUGGCGGCCCUAUUAUGACUUUUGCAGGCUGUCUGGGGGGGGUUGCCCUAGGGCCCUGUGUAGAAUUGUUCCGCCACUGGUCACAACCUCCAGUCCACCUCAUGUCUGUUCCCCGCGGCUCGCUGGACCACCACACUGCUAGAUGAACACUGGACUGGAUGCUAAGUCUUGCCCAUUCAUCUCUGUCUAGCUCUCUGUCUGGCUGUCUGUCCAUCUGCCAGCCUGCCUGUCUUGUCUGUCUGUCGUCCAGAGCAAUGUCUAUAUUUUGGGGUUCCUCAGCUGGAGCGUGUUGAUUUUCUUUAUCAUUUACUUCAUUCACUGUACCAAUAUGACAGACUAACUGUAUAAGCUUGCAGCAUGAGAUAUAGAGAUAUAUAUUCUCUCUCUGUCUCUGUGUCUCCCCUCUCUCUCUCUCUCUCUCUCUCUCUCUCUCUCUCUCUCUCUCUCUCUCUCUCUCUCUCUCUCUCUCUGUCUGUCUCGUCUCUCUCUUUUUCUCUCUCUCUCUCUCUCUCUCUCUCUCUCUCUCUCUCUCUCUCUCUGUCUGUCUCGUCUCUCUCUUUUUCUCUCUCUCUCUCUCUCUCUCUCUCUCUCUCUCUCUCCACACCCAUCAAACUCAUCAUUGUCAUUAGCUCUUAUUGAUAAUGAAACAUAGCUAUGUUAUUUUGACGUUUGCUUUUUAUUUUGCCGACAAGUCUUUGUAAAGAAAUCUAUCUCCAAGAAAAACCAUGCGCAAUCCAAAGAUAUUUUUAGCGCUUUUGAGAAACCCUUUGACAUUGACUGUAAUUUGUACCAAGACGCUUGUGUGUCUGUGUGCAUGUGUGAGUAUCUGUUGUGUGGGUGUGUGUGCGUGCGUGUGCGCAUGUGUGCGUGCGUGCACACUCUCACAUGAGUGUCAAGGGUACAUAUCAGAUGAAUAUAUUGCUUUCAUUUUAUGAUUUCUUUUUGUAUUGUAUAUGGUUUGCGUACACUUGUGUAAACUGUGUGGCCAGUGAGCUCAUCUCUGAGCAGAGUGUGGUUGGAAUGGGACAUCUUGCAUGGGUUAUAUUCACGCUGAGACUUUCAAACAUUUUUUUUUAGAAAUCUCAGUGAAGAGUGAGGAGAUUCAGAUCAAAUAAGGGGAGUUCUUCAAAAACAUAUCAGUUAUUUUACUCUGAUCUUUUUUUUUUCUUUUUGAUUUUUCUUCUUUCAGGAAACAUUGUUUUUUGUCUUUAUCUUAAUGGCUUGAAUAACUAUGAUGAAGUAUAUUUUACAAUGAGGAAAUCCGGAUCUCACACACUUUCUCUACAGUUCUUACCGUCAUUCUGGAAUGGAAGUGUUCGUUUAACUUAAAGUAGAAUGAUGAUGGAAAAAAUAUGCUGUCAUUUUACAUGAUCUGAAUUACAAUGCCCUUUUUUCUGUCUCUUGAUGUUCAUAUUGAUGUAAAUACAAAUUUCUAUUUAAGCGUGGUUA